GGGGGCAAAGGAGAGAGGCCAUAUGAAACCAGCAGAGCAUAAGCCACGCUUUAUCCUGCCAGUCUGUCCCGCUCUGCGAGCACAGGAAACACGCGACUCCCCCAGCCCUCACUCACUCAUUCAUCACGCUCUUUCACACACUUCUACAGACACACACACACACAGCGGCUCACAAAGGACUGGAGGAUGGCUGUGUCCAUGAGAAGAAUGAAUGGGUCCUGGAGAGGGAUGGCUCUAGCCCUGGUUCUCUGUACUCUGCUCCUACACAAUGAAGUUCACUGUCAAGAUUCCAUUGAUACACCUUAUACAUCCGAUGCCAAAGAUUCCCCGGGUGCUGCACCCACAGACGCCCCAGGUGCUGCACCCACAGACGCCCCGGGUGCUGCACCCACAGACACCCCGGGUGCUGCACCCACAGACACCCCGGGUGCUGCACCCACAGACACCCCGGGUGCUGCACCCACAUACACCCCGGGGGCUGCACCCACAGACGCCCUGGGUGCUGCACCCACAGAUGCAACAGGAGUCGCAGCCCACGCAGACGACACUCAAGGUACUGAUGCCACCAUCGAACCCCAAACCCCUGUAGACGACAAGGCCACUACUGUCGCUAACUCCACAGCUGACAACACUUCUGGGACCAGUACUCCAGUACCAGACCAGGACACUACCUUCACUCCAGUACCAGACCAGGACACUGCCUUCACCUCCAUGGUGCCAGAUCAUGACCCCUUAGCCACAGGUGACACCUCUGGCACCACAGCUGGACCUGUUGUCGACACACAGGGCACUGAAGCUACUGAUGACCCGGGCGCACCUGUUGUGCAUCAGGCCCCUGUUUUUGUUCUUCCCACCGUUGAGUGUGUGGACAAGGACGCAGUGAAGGACAAAGACACAGUCAAGGUGGAGCUUUCUUCAGAAACUAGCUGUUCAGUGACCAAGAGAAUCAUGGAGGAUUCAGCCUGGUGCACAGGAGACUGCAACCUUAAACUGUUCCAGGAGGAGAACUCUAACACACUGGUUUUGACACGCUCUAAUGGUGGAGUCAAAGAUUUGUCAGAGAGCCUGAACAGCCAAGACAUCAAGGACCAGCUGGGUGUGGUGAAGGCAGCUCCUCAGUGGGGUAAACACUCUUCCACCGUGCUGGUGUCUCUGCUCAUCAGUGGCCUGCUGCUGGCUGCUGCCCUCAUCGGAGGCUACUGUCUGAAGAAACACUGCAGACACAACGCCAAGGGCAUGAGGCUGGCUGAGGAUGCGUACCCAGUGGAUGAGGAGAACCAGGGGAACACCCUGGUGUCUGUGGCGCCUCUCAACCCCCUUGAGACCCGGGAGAAGCCCGCUAACGGGGAUUCCCAAGAGGCCGCCAAGACCCAGCCCCCUCCCACCAACGGCCACUCCACCGCCAACUUGGCAGACACAGAGCUGUGAAGACCCCACUAGAACCCCUGGAGAAGAAUGAAACUUACCCCUCCAUCCCUCCAACACCAACCCUUCCCCUCAGAACAUGGCAGAACUCCAGCGACCCCCAUCCUACAGUGGACAUCAAGGACAAACUGCCCCUCAUAACCCCAAUAUAAACACUCCUUCAGACUCUCCAUGUCCCCCACUUCUGCUACAUACAACUCCAUGGUAAAGACAGAUAAGAUUGAUAAGGCUUGAUACUAAUGUGAAUGAUGAUGAUAAUAAUGAGGCCGAGGGCUGUAUCCCUGUCCCUUGGAUGCUUUCGUCAUUCAGGCCUGGAGGUUGGGCCGAGGCAGGACUGGGUGGGGAGGGUUUUACGUUGUUAAUCACCACUGGCUCCAAGACGGCGGCUGGGGUCCCAUCAACCACGCCAUGUGCCCUGCCUGCACGUCAUCAGGUUUAAAGCUUCCUUCCAAAAGUCAGUUAACCAUAAAUAGAAGUAAAGCUUCACGUUCAAUUCAAAUUGGUCCUUAGACCUUAGUUGAUCGCAAAAAAAAUAGCAAAAAAAAAGUAACAUCCUUAAAUCUGUUUACAAAGUUCUGAAUGGAAUAAAGGAGCGCUCUGAGCUUGUUUGUUCA